AUGGAGACAGAGGCAGAUGGAGACCACUACAACCAAGUCCAGAGCAGAGACAAAAGCACCACUGCACCAAACUCAAGUCUAUCCCCCAAACACAAGUCUGCACCAGAGACCAGAGCCACUGUGGACAAUGGGGACGUGUCAGGAACAGCCAAACGAGCAGCAGGGAAGAAACACCAGUGCUUAGUUUGUAAAAAGAGAUUUGGCUUAAAAAGCGAUUUAAUAAGACACUUGAGAAUUCACAGAGAAGAGAAACUUUACACCUGUUCUGUCUGUGAGAAAUCAUUUAAUCGAAAGAGUACUCUUACACAACACAUGGGAACACACACAGGAGACAAACCUUACAGCUGUUCUGUCUGUGAGAAAGCAUUUAUUCAAAAGAGUCAUCUCACAAGACACAUGGGAACACACACAGGAGACAAACCUUAUAACUGUUCUGUCUGUGAGAAAGCAUUUAAUCGAAAGAGUAAUCUCACAAUACACAUGAGAACACACACAGGAGACAAACCUUUUAACUGUUCUGUCUGUGAGAAAUCAUUUAAUCGAAAGAGUACUCUUACACAACACAUGGGAACACACACAGGAGACAAACCAUACAGCUGUUCCCUCUGUGAGAAAGCAUUUAUUCAAAAGAGUAGUCUCACAAAACACAUGAGAAAACACACAGGAGUCAAACCUUACAGCUGUUCUGUUUGUGAGAAAGCAUUUAUUCAAAAGAGUAAUCUCACACAACACAUGGGAACACACACAGGAGACAAACCUUAUAACUGUUCUGUCUGUGAGAAAUCAUUUAUUCAAAAGAGUAAUCUCACACAACACAUGGGAACACACACAGGAGACAAACCUUAUAACUGUUCUGUCUGUGAGAAAGCAUUUAUUCAAAAGAGUGUUCUCAAAAGACACAUGGGAACACACACAGGAGACAAACCGUACAGCUGUUCCCUCUGUGAGAAAGCAUUUAUUCAAAAGAGUAGUCUCAAAAAACACAUGAGAAAACACACAGGAGACAAACCUUACAGCUGUUCUGCCCAGAGCCGUGAUCGAAAAGACAUACAAAAAGUCACACAGGAGAGAAAUAGUUUAAAAUACAGUCUAACAAGCCUCAAACAGAGCAGUGCCUACAGUUAGCAUCA